GUCCCGUUGGUCGGCACGUCAUGGAGCCUGCGCUUUGCUUCCUGAAAAGCACUCUCAUUUCAUUUGUCUUGCCGUGAGCCUAGGCGAUGCUUUUGCAGCUAGCCCCCUAAACUGAUUGUUACUUGUGUAUAUGAGGGACGGGUCCUCGCCGCCGGACUUUCUUGCUUUCACUCUUUGCUCCCACCCCUUCACCUUCACUCCCUCACCUACUCUCUUUAAUAAAGCCAGCAACCUACCCGGCUGUAGUCCUCUGGUACACGACACCACCUCCCACACCACACAGCACUAUUGUAUUUGCGUGAGCUCGCACACACUGCCGCAACCUCGCAGACUACGCCGCUCCCUGCUGCCUUUUUUGCUCUGUUCUGCUCCGUUCUGCUCCGGCCCCGUCCUUGCACACAGCACGUCACCGCCGCUCACCAAGCUGACGCUCUAUCUUGGUGCCAAUCGCCGAAUCUGCCACCUUCCCCCCCACAGUGUCAACAUGAUACUUAGAGCCUCGGAAUCGAACAAUAUGGGACGCGGAGCCUAUGACACGACCGGUACCCCGAAACCCCCACCGCCGCCGCCAAAGAGGCGAUAGCGACAUGUCGCCAUCUACGUCUCAACAUCGGACCUGCCGUCUCCGCCACGACCACGGUUUCUUUUUCUCUCUCGCCCUGGCUGGUCUCACUGCAAUCCCGAGAAUAGACAUGUCCCGUUGAGGACCGAGGGAUGACAUUGCGCGCAUCCCUUACUCCUCCAUGUCACAUUGCCCGACAUGACCGACACUGCCAACUCUCCAAUCCUUGCGCCUCUCACUUUCAUCGGCUGUUACCUCGGAUUACGCCCUUUUAAUAAUCAGCGACUCUUCGAUUCCUCUCCUCAGCAUGCC